UCUCAUUCUGUUUACAAUGACGCCGCCCGACUCGAAAUCAGAUGACUUAUGAAGGGCAUGACCACAAAAGUUGUUUCCCCUAUUUCACAGUGUGUUGAGAGUUAUCUCACCCUGAUCUGUAUCAAUACUGAUAGAGCCAGACAGGGAUGUUCACUACUAUGUACCUGCUCAAACGCUGACCCUGUCCAGGCUUUCAUCGUGCGGCAGAUUGUGUCCCAGGUUCUAGUUACUAUUGAUCAGGUAUAUAGUGCCGAACCCACGCCCAUGAGCAAAAUCAAAGAAAGAAUCGACAAAUACAUCGAUAGGAAAGUAGACGAGAAGAUCCAAGAGUUGUUGGAAUAUUGCAAUCGUAUUGAGGCCAGUGCGAAAGCACAAGCCAUAAAGAACUCUGCUAGGAUUUCUCCAUGUGCAGAUACCCGGAUGUUGUCAAGAAAGACGACUGGCACUGGUUACUCGUCCGACAGUGGCAUGGAGGAAAUCCCCCUUGAUGACGUCACCAUUGAAAUUCCUGGCAGUUCCGCAGACGACAGCACAGAAAAAGGAAAGAAGUCAGUGUUGAAGAGGAUUUUCAAGCAAGACAAGAAACCGGCUGAGGUGACGGACGAAGACACAAGCUUUUGUCUUACAAAUAUCUUUCAGAAAUUUCCAAAUGUGUAGAUUGUAAAAUUAUGAAUUCAGUAAUUGUUGCCAGUUAUUUCUCCAAAGGACUAAAAACAGUUCGAGUGCCAUAAAUUACCUAUACGGUGCAGUAUAUAUAAA